AAAACAAGCUGCUGUGUUGUUGUUCUUCCUCAUUCAGGUGUGUGUGUGUGUGUGUGUGUGUGUUUAAUGAGACACGAUGCGUCUGUGCGCUCCGACUCUCCUCUGCAUACUGCUGUCUUUAUUUUCAGGUAAAGCAGUGGAUGGUUUCUAUAGACAAGACUACUGGCAGUGUUAUUACACUCGGGAUCUGGUCACCAUCGAGUUCAUUUACUCUUGGUACUUCAACAAGGUUGAAUAUCUGAGGUACAACAGCACGACAGAUAGAUACACAGGAUUCACCGUGUACGGAGCGAGAAUGGCCGAGUCUCUGAACCUAGACCCCAAAAACAGUCUCUAUUACUAUGUGUACACAUUCUGCAAAGAUAACAAGGAUAAAUAUUCAUCUAAUGUUUUAAAGAAAGUGAAGCCCGAGGUCACGGUGAGGUCACUGAGGUCUGAGCCUCAGUCCCACUUGUCCAUGCUGCUGUGCAGUGCGUAUGAUUAUCACCCCAAAGGAAUCAAAGUGUCGUGGAUGAGAGACGGCAAGGUCGUGACUGAGGGAGUUUCCUCCACUGAGGAGCUUUCAAAUGGAGACUGGUACUAUCAGAUCCACUCUUAUCUAGACUACAUCCCAAAACCUGGGGAGAACAUCUCCUGUGUGGUGGAGCACGAGAGCUUAACACGACCGCUCAUACAAACCUGGGAACGUCCCCUUCCUGUGGAUCAGAGGAACAAGCUGAUCAUCGGCAUUUUUUUCCUGGUGUUGGGGAUCGCUUUGGCUGUUGCUGGAUUUCUUUAUUACAUGCUGGGAUCUAAAGGGCAUGUUUCCAAGCAAAAUUCACAGGAUAUAUCUUUAGAAAGCACUGUUUCAGAGACGAAUUCAGAAGCUUCAGCAGCGAGUUCAGAAACAUCAAAUUAAUAAACACUACAAUGUUCAAAUGAAAUGACUUUUAUAAUGGAUAAUGGUUUAAAAUGAUUUUGGUGUUCAGUACAUUGUCAGUGUAGGAUUUGAAUAAAUACAUUAAUCAGGUGUGGUUCAGUAAACUUCUGCAAUAAGUGAUAAGAUUAAACAUUUAUACAGAAACCUUUUUGUCUUUUUCACAUCUAUUUUAAAUAUCAUGAGGCUGCUCUGAUGCUUCAGAUGUUGUAAGCCAGGAGUGUCCAAUCUUAUCCACUAAGGGCCAGUGUGGUGCAGGUUUUCACUCCAAUCAAGCAGGAGCCACAUCUGAUUCCAUCUGCUUAAUCAGCUGAUCUUAGCUUACAGUAGACUCAGGUGUGGCUUCUGCUGUUGGAAUGAGAAGCUACACUCUUGCCCUCAGCCAUCUCUUACACCAAAUAUAUCAUAAACAGCUUUGUGCUUUUCUUCACCUUCACCUCUGGACGAGACGCCAGCACUCCCCAUGCAGCUGUAUUAAUCAUGUCAGAUUGCAUUAAAAAUGA